GUCAUGGGAUGGAUCAUUGACGCAUGGGAUAUGGAGCACUGGGGUCCGAGCGUGAUAGCACGCACCUACGAGCGGAUGGUAUCAUCAUCAGGUAAGAGAUACGACAGUCUAUCAAGAAAUAAUUCUGAGAUCUAGCCUCAGAGAAUCAGAGGGUCGCAGCACGAUGGCGCAUGUUGGCACACAAGUACCAAGAGCCACAACCGGAAACUGGACGGCAAUGGGAAGACGUGUUAACAGAGAAGUUACAAUUGUGCGUUUCGGCAGUUUUCCUCGUCGCGCGAGGAGAAUAUGUUCCAGAGAAGGAAGAGGACAACCUACGCAUCAUUGUGCGCGCUGCGCUCCGCCUUCGGAAGAUGGUCCGCGAGGAUAUUAGCAGCACCGACUAUCAGAUCACCGUUGGAGCCACAGGAGAGGCGUUUGACCCGGAGCACAUGACAGAUAACUAUGUGAUGAAGGGACCCGUCCCGCAAGUAGGAGCUCGUGUGGCCUGCCCGUACGAGCUGGGUCUGCGACGGGUCGACAGGAGAGAGGAGGGCGGAACAACGGUCGUGCGCUCCGUGACGCUCGUAAAGUCAAAGGUGCUGCUAGAAAGCACAAUCAAUGAGCUGGUAGGGAAUCCGACUGUUAACCGGUACGAUGUUGAUUGAAGCGGCUUGAAGGCGCCUGCAGGAGAUAGUCCUCCACACCGCUUGAAACGACGUAUAAAUA